AUGCCUAAGAUCACAACCCUUCUGUUUGACUGCGACAAUACGCUUGUCCUCUCAGAGGAACUCGCUUUUGAAGCAUGUGCAGACAUCGCCAACGAGAUCCUCGAAAAGCACGGCAUUCCUGACCGCUACACCGGCUCCCAGCUUAUCACCGACUUUGUUGGUCAGAACUUCCGUGGUAUGAUGGUGGCCCUGCAGGCCAAGUUCAACUUCAAUCUCUCUCAAACUGAGCUUGAAGCAUACGUCAAGGAGGAGGAGGACCGUGUCAUAGCCAAGCUAGAGGCCAAGGCACAACCCUGUGAAGGAUCCACUGAGGAGCUAGCCAAGCUCUUCGCUUCGAAGAAAUACGACAUGGCUGUGGUUUCGUCCUCUGCUCUCCGCCGUGUGAAGGCUUCUAUCAAGAAGGUCGACCAGGAACGGUAUUUCAAACCGGAACACAUCUUCAGCGCGGCUACCUCCCUCCCUGUGCCGACAACAAAACCUGACCCAGCAAUCUACCUGCACUCCCUCAGGGUUCUCAAUAAGACCCCUAGUGAGUGCAUUGCUGUGGAGGACAGCAAAAGCGGCACGUUGAGUGCCAUUCGCUCCGAAAUCCCCGUCAUCGCCUACGUGGGCUGUUACCACGGAAAGGCUCAACAGGAUGCGGUUGCAAAUACCCUGUUGGGCCUGGGCGCUAAAUCUGUUAUGAGGCAUUGGUCUGAAUUCGAGAAAUGCAUCGCCGAGAUUGAGGCGUUGUGA